CCCUCCCGCAGCCUCCAUUUUGUUCUGGGGAGGCCGGGGACGGUGGGAGCCUUUCCAUUUCCGGGUUGACGGAGGCGGGGGACGGCGGUGGCGACCGGAGUGGCGAGUCUAUGAGCGAGCCAGGGCUGCCCGGACAGGCGGACAGAGGGCAGGGCCAGCCGGGAGCGGGGAAAGGAUGCCAAUCCCUCCGCCCCCUCCGCCUCCGCCCGGCCCCCCACCUCCACCCACGUUCAGCCAGGCCUGCACGGAGCCGCCCAAGCUGAGCCGCGAUGAGCAGCGGGGUCGGGGCGCCCUCCUGCAGGACAUCUGCAAGGGGACGCGGCUGAAGAAGGUGACCCACAUCAAUGACCGCAGCGCCCCCGUUCUGGAGAAAUCCAGGGGUGGAGGCGGCGGUGCCCACGGUUCCGGAGCUGUGGCCCUGCAGCCCAAGGGCGGGCUCUUCCAAGGUGGCGUGCCCAAACUCCGCCCGGUGGGCCUCAAGGACGGGACAGAGAGCCCCUCGGGAAAGCCCGGCCUGCAGCUUCCCAGUUCUCGGGCCGCCGCCCCUCGCCCCCCAGGAUCCGCCGGCACCGGCCGCCCCCACGACGACUCCGUCAGCAGCCGGGCCUCCCCGCCAGAGCUCCCCCGCACGCAGAGACCCUCCCUGCCGGAUCUGUCGCGACCCAUUCCCGCCAGCGGCAGCAGCCCGGGCAUGAGGCACAGCUCCUCGGCUCCCCCGCCCCCGCCGCCGCCCCCCGGCCGCCGUGCCCACGCCCCGCCGGCCCCUCUGCCGGGGCCCGGCGGCAAGACUCCGGCCUACAACCGGGAGAAGCCGCUGCCGCCUACCCCGGGGCCCAGACUCCAGGGGGGCCGGGACGGGCCCCCGGUCAAGCCCCCUCCCUCGCCUGGGAGCGCCCGGUCGGGACUCGGCGGCCAGAACCAGUCUCUGGCCCCUCCUCCCCCUCCCCCGUACCGCCAGCCCCCCGGCAUCCCCAACGGGCCCCCGAGCCCCACGCUGGAGGCCGCCCCCGAACUGCCCCAGAGACACAACUCUCUGCAUAGGAAGGUCCCGGCAGCCCUCCGAGGCCCGGCGCCCCAGCCGCCAGCCUCGGUCUCGCCCUCCGCGCAAACCAGCCGCCCGCCGCCCCCGGCCCGAGACCCUCCCAGCCGGGGAGCAGCACCUCCGCCGCCACCGCCCCUGAUGCGCAACGGCCGGGACGCCCCGCCCCCGCCCCCGCCCUACAGAGGGCACGCGACCUCGAAGCCCCCGCCCCCUCCGCCCUCCAGGACGCCCGCCGGCCCGCCGCCUCCCCCGCCCCCGCUGAGGAACGGCCACCGGGACUCCCUCGCCACCGUCCGCUCCUUCCUGGAUGACUUUGAGUCAAAAUAUUCCUUCCAUCCUGUGGAAGACUUCCCCGCUCCCGAGGAGUACAAACACUUCCAGAGAAUUUACCCCAGCAAAACGAACCGAGCCGCCCGGGGUGCCCCACCCCUACCGCCCAUCCUCAGGUGAAGCCCCUCGUGGGCCCUGCUCCUUGGUAAAGAAUGGGCCUUUCCCUGCCCUCCCCUCCCCCCAGAAACCUGCAUGGGGGUCCCCCGCCCGCCACCCACCUCCCAGCAGCGCAGCCGUCCGACCAGAGCCUACGAGACUCGCCUCCCCCAGAAGGCACCGGUCGCCCCAGCCCUUCACACAUUCCCCCCCGCCCUGACUCUUCCCCGGCGGGAGCCGAGAGAGGUCAAGGUGUUUCCAGGGCCUGGGGCUGGGCCAGGGGGACCAGCAAUUGGCUCGCAGCUGCCUGGCUCGCCGGGGAGAGAGGGUUCUUCUUGGCUGCCCUUCAUGGGGUGGUGUGGGAUCCGCCUUGGGCGGGCUGGACGGGAAGACGUCCGUGGGGGCUGGCUGUUCUCUACUGAUCCGCCGAGCUGAAGGAUCUGCCCAGGAGGGAGGGUUGACUAGGUUCUUCGGUGAACCUCUGUUCCCCACCCGCCACGGCCUGACUGACGCUCUCUAGGCAUAACACAGGGGACCAAGUAACCCAGAUGAGAAAGGCCCAGGCCCACCCGCCCCUGGCCGGACCGUGGCACCUCCCACCCCCCCAUCACCCCUCGCCUUGGCUCCAGACUGGAUCGGGAUGCUGGUAACCCCCACUCUCCGCCCUCCCCAGCCCUCUCAGUGAGUUCCUCGGAGGUUGGGCAGUGGGUGGGAGUGGCUCCAACCCCUCUGACGUGUUACUGAGUCCCACUGGAUGCCUGCCCAAGGGAAGACGACAGUGCAGGGACCCCCUCGUGGACUCCUUCGGCUCUUCUAUCCCGGCGUUGUCCUGCUUCCCUAGCAGGCGGCUGCUGGGCAACGGCGACUCUGCUUCGUCGGCCUCGUGCCCUCCGGGGCCCUUUAGCCCUCCAAGUCCUCUUCCAGGUGACUGGCCUCUGAGCGGGCACCGCGCUGUCUCCCGAGCUCAGGGCCUGGGCUCCUUGCCCAUCUGGCUCCGUUUCCUGGGUUGCGUAAGGCUUGGACUAUAGGAUAAAGGUGGCCCGCCACCGGUCUCCCCUGCCCCUUUCCUGGCUCGUGGGCCUCUGUGGAUGCCUCACGUUGAGGCUCGGGUGUAUCCCAGCCCUUCGCGCUCCUCCCCACCCUCCCCAGACACGCCGAGCAGGGGGCUUGGUUUGUUCUUUAAAGGAGAAAAGCAGCCUCAGGCGGCACAGACCUUUUCCCUUGGGUUUCCCCCCUAAGCCCAUGAGGGCUGGCGCUGUUCCGCGGGGCUUGGCUGGCUCUGCUUGGUGGUGCCUCGUGACUUCUGCUGGGCCCACGGUACACGGAGGUAGUGGGGGCCUGGGUAAUUGCCCUGUCGUGUGGGCAUAUAGGCGAGGGAGCUUGCGGGCCUGGGUGUCCCCCCCCAGGGCCUGACCAGCCGAGAUGAGAGGAGAGAGUGGCAUUAACUCUAGAGUUUCUGGAGGUGGGCUCUGGGCCGGUGUCAGCGGAGGGCUUCGGUGGCUCGGGUCUGCCCACCCCUGCCUGCCUGGGACCAAGCGCCAACCGCGUCGGCCCAACCCCGCCUCUGGUUCUGGUCAGGCCCCCCCACCUCCCCGGGGCCGUGCCCUCCCGGCCCGCCCGCCGCCGCUGGGGACUGGUCAGUCAAGGAAGUGUUUACCCCGGUCAGUGCCACGCUCAUUGUGCCUUACCUGGCUCGGGUGCCCUGUCGUCGCCCCCUUCCCUCCCCGCCCCCACGAUCUUCCCUCCCUCCCUCACGGACUGAAGCAUCAAAGCCCCCUCAUCAACUGGUGGGCUUUUCCUUCUACGGCCUGGCAAAUGCCCUCCGCCAGGGUCCUUUUGUCCUGGUCCAGGACCACCACCCCGUCUCCUCUCCUGGCCCCCAAGCCCCAGCCAGGGGCUCAGCGGGGGCGGACUUCAGCCCCGCCCACCAGUGGGUGGCGGGGCCGGGAUCUCGGUUUAACUUAUUGUGGGAAUGUACGCCCGGUUCCCCUCCCCCUCGGCGCUGCCCUGCCCCCAUCCGAUUAAACUUCACACUGGAAGACAACUGCA